AUGCUGCAUGAUGGUGUGGCUUCCUCAUCGGUCCCUAGGAUGGGCAUGGAGGUGGUGUGUCUCGGGGCCUCCAAGCUGGGGCCUUGCCCACAUCUCACCUCUGCCUUCAUUCAUGCCACCUCCCUGCCCCUCCCUUGUCUUCCUCUUCCCACUUCCUCCUCUCCAUGUGCCUCGGUCUCCUGCGGGAAGAAACGGGUUGAGCCCCCAAGGAGGCUAUCUGAGGAGGGGCGGGGGAGGGGGAGGACCAGGGUGGGUUUUGCCUCUCCCUCCCCACUUGCAAGCCAUAGGAGGUCCAGCCAGGGCCGGGGAGAGGAGGGAGCUGGCUCUGUAAUGUCAUCAUUUCCAUUACUGCUGCUGCUGUCUCAUGUAAGCCACCUCUCCUGCCCCCUCCUCUUUCCCACUGCUGUCUAUGGUGAGUAG